AUGACGAGCAAAGUGCCUUGGAACCCAGGUACCGUACAAGUUGGGAAAGUCUCAAUUGUCCACGAAGACCCAAGAGAUGACCCAAAAUCCAACGAAGCUGAAUUGAGACAAUUGGAUCCAAUCAUGCAAGGAAUGAACGAAUGGCGCAUGGUACAGCAGACAAUAGUCAAUGGGGAGAGAUUCUUCCAACAAGUUGGACGAAUGGACGAUGAUGCACGAUUUGCAGAUGUACCUGUGAGGCCGUCCUUUGUAUCCACGGAACGACACACCAAAGUAACGGCAGAAAACCUAUCUGAACGACUAGGAAUUGGUUUGCACAGAGCACGCGCCACCUUGAGAUCAACACUACAAAGGGGACCACGAUCCGCCAUACUACCACUGGCAAGGAGGUACCGAGCAGACCGCAUGUUCCUAAGACCAAGACUGAAAGGCAAGUUCUCAACCGACACAGCCUAUUUCAACCACAAGUCGAUACAAGGCAAUAUCGCAAGCCAGAUCUAUUUCCACAAGAGCGGUUUCUACAGUUGCCAUCACCUCUCAAAAGUGGACGACAAGCAAGUUGGGCAGACCCUCAAGAAAUUCAUAGCUGACUACGGUAUACCAGAGCACCUCACAAUGGACGGAGCAGCAGUACAAGUGGGACGCAGCACGAGCUUUAUGGAAACGAUCAACAGAGCCACGAUUAACUAUCACAUAUCCAGACCAUACUGA